UUUGUUUUCUUUGAACUUAACUUAAGAGUUGUUUAUUUCUCAAAGUUAUAACUUAUAAAGAAGAGAUAGCAUUAACUAAUAGUUACCAGAUCGACAGACCGUUAAUGUGUCAGAUAGAUAAGGUAAUUUGGGUAAAACGGUUAAAAGCCUACUUGGUAGAUUUGAGUAAAAUACUAAACAGAGUUUCUUCUUAUUUCUAUGUAUUUAAUUUAUGAUUAGUAAGAUAUGUUACUAGAAAACAUGUGGAGAUGAUAUCGCAAAAGGAUUUGGGAAUUGAAUGCAGUGAGAAGUAGAGUAGGAGUUAGUGGUUGAAGUAAGUUAAUGCAAAGAUUAAAGUAGAUAAUUAAGUGUUGCUAUAUAAUAGACCGUAAUGUUGGUUAUGUUUGAUCAUCGGGCAGUGCACUCUGCAAAUUAACAAACAUACUUCAAAAAAAUAUGGGGCGUCUCGUUAGUGGUGCUACUCUUUUGGCUUUGUUAUGUUUCCAUGUUUUUGUGGUGAAUGUUGUAGCGAGAGAUGUGAGCUCGGGAAGAGAUGAGGAUGAGAAGACGUUAGUUGGAGGAGGAAAGGGUGGUGGCUUUGGCGGUGGAUUUGGAGGAGGAGCCGGUGGUGGAGUUGGAGGAGGAGCCGGUGGUGGCUUUGGAGGAGGAGCAGGCGGUGGGUUUGGAGGAGGUGGUGGUGGAGGUGGAGGUGGAGGUGGUGGUGGUGGAGGAGGCUUUGGUGGUGGAGGAGGUUUUGGUGGUGGACAUGGUGGAGGUGUUGGUGGUGGAGUUGGCGGUGGACAUGGCGGAGGAGUCGGUGGUGGGUUUGGAAAAGGUGGAGGGAUCGGAGGUGGAAUUGGAAAAGGUGGAGGAGUUGGCGGUGGCAUCGGUAAAGGCGGCGGCAUUGGUGGUGGAAUAGGCAAAGGUGGAGGAGUUGGCGGCGGUAUCGGUAAAGGUGGAGGUAUCGGUGGCGGGAUCGGCAAGGGCGGAGGUAUCGGUGGCGGGAUCGGCAAGGGUGGAGGUAUCGGUGGCGGGAUCGGCAAGGGUGGAGGUAUUGGUGGUGGGAUCGGCAAAGGUGGAGGAGUUGGCGGUGGUUUUGGUAAAGGCGGAGGUGUUGGCGGUGGAAUUGGCAAAGGCGGAGGAGUUGGCGGUGGUUUCGGCAAAGGCGGAGGAGUUGGUGGUGGAAUUGGCAAAGGUGGAGGUAUUGGCGGUGGCAUUGGCAAAGGUGGUGGAAUUGGUGGGGGCAUUGGCAAAGGCGGAGGCAUUGGUGGGGGAAUAGGUAAAGGCGGUGGAAUUGGUGGCGGCAUUGGCAAAGGCGGAGGGAUUGGUGGUGGAAUAGGCAAAGGCGGUGGAAUUGGUGGCGGCAUUGGCAAAGGCGGGGGCAUUGGCGGCGGAAUUGGCAAAGGCGGAGGCAUUGGUGGUGGAGGUGGAUUUGGUAAGGGUGGAGGCAUUGGUGGUGGUAUUGGUAAAGGUGGGGGUAUUGGCGGAGGAGGUGGAUUUGGUAAGGGUGGAGGCAUUGGAGGCGGUAUUGGCAAAGGCGGAGGCAUUGGGGGCGGUUUCGGCAAAGGUGGAGGCAUUGGUGGUGGCAUUGGAGGUGGAGGAGGCUUUGGUGGAGGAGGUGGAUUUGGAAAAGGUGGAGGAAUCGGUGGUGGAAUAGGCAAAGGAGGAGGUUUCGGCGGAGGAGGUGGAUUUGGGAAAGGUGGAGGUAUUGGUGGAGGAGGUGGAUUUGGUAAGGGCGGAGGAUUUGGCGGUGGAGGCUUCGGAGGUGGUGGCGGAGGUGGAGGCGGAGGAGGUGGCGGAAUCGGACACCACUAAACAAAAACACAUGAAGAAGUUGCAUUGAGUGCAUGUCUCACGUCACGUACAACAUGGUUUACAAGUUUGAGAGUGUUGUUACCAAAUAUAGUACUAGUUUUAUCUUUUUAUGUACUUUGUCUCUAUUUGAAUUACUAGCUAUGAGUUUUGUUAGACGUACGCACUCUAAUAAUAUUCAUUUUAUCAUGUAAAACGCUAGGACUGUAUUUGGUUGUAAGUCAAUGUUCUUAAAAAAAUAUUGAUGAAGCAAUGUUACAAAUAUAUAGCAACAUGAAAUGCAAAAUUUGUUAAGAAAUGGAAAUAAACAGAUACAAAAAGAGUAUAAGAGUUUCACGGAUAAAUGUUACAUUCG